CACUAGGAAGACAUAAUGUGGUCUCAUUAGUGUUACUCUACAACAAAAAAUAGAACGUAAAGUCCAUCUCAAUAUGACGUUUACAUUUUAUUUAAUUUGUUUACUAAAAGCUGAGGAGAGCACCAUUUGAAUAUAAUACUGUAAAUAUCUUGACAGCCGUGCCACAACUAGUUCAUAUUAUAUAUAUAUAAAGAACAAGUGUCAGCUCUGUGAUAAUUUGGUGUUUUCUUGUUUAGUUUGUUGCUUUUGAGUAGCAUAAUAAAAUGGAGAAAAAGCAAGUUGGGGAUCUUGUAUCUGUAACCUUCACAUGGAGGAUUGAAAAAUUCUCAAGGUUGAGACCCCAGAAGCAUUACUCUGAUAGUUUCGCCGUCGGUGAUUUUAAAUGGCAGAUCGUUGUAUAUCCAAAGGGAAGCAGUGGAAAUCCCGGAAAGCACGACCUGUCGAUAUAUUUGAAUGUCGCAGAUGCUACAACAUUGUCAUCUGGGUGGAGCAGAUAUGCCCAAUUCACCUUGACCGUCGUCAAUCAACUUGACAGUGAUAAGUCCAUAACAUUUGUUUUUAUUUUUCAUUUUUCACAAGACUCCGUACCAAGCAAUUAUCUAUCGGCUUUAGGUUAUGGCGUCGGUUGCAGUAGCAGUUUUUCUCUGACAGAAAUGUUUUGUAAUCCGCCGUUGUUUGAUUGUACAGAAACUAAGCAUGUGUUCAGCGCAAGUAAAAGUGAUUGGGGCUUCACAUCAUUCAUGCCUCUAAGUGAGCUUUCUGAUUGCACCAAAGGGUUUCUUGUGAAUGAUGCAUGUGUUCUGGAAGCCGAGGUUGCUGUAAGUCAGGUUGACUACACGAGUGCUUCUGAAGCCAAUGAAACUUUGUUUUUUACACCUAUAAAACCCUCAGAGAACGAAAAUGAAAGGCAAGGACGUUCAAAUGUGGACGCUGUGCAAUUUCCACAGGUGCUUGAUUUUCUGGAUUCACCAAGUUUUGAACAAAAGCAAACAAAUGCUGAUUCGUUGCAAGCUCCAAUCUCUUCAAAAGCACUUACAACAUCCAGUUCUUAUCAAGUGCUUGCUUUCCAGGAAGAACCAAGCUCUGAACAAUAUUGCCCUGAGCCUAACGAUAGCCCUGUUGAAUCUCCCAUAGUCAAGGAACAUGAGCUAGCACGCUCCACCCCACUUGGUGAGCUCAUGGAUUUCCGGGGUUUGGGGAAAAUAGACAAAGAUUAUGUUCCAUUUCUAGAGGAAGUCUGUUUGUUGCAUCCUUCUUUGAUCGAGUGCCAAAGGAAGAGAAGUCGUGUGUUUACUGAAUGGGCAUUCACAGCUUUGGGUAGACUCCUGCACUUUUUGAAGACUACAAAGGGUAAGGAUAUGAUCGAGGCUCCCUGUGAGGAGCACCUUCAACUUUUAUGGGAGGAGCUCGGAACCUUCAAAUUUGACUUGGCUUGGUUGGAGCCUCAUGUUCAGUCUGCUUUGGGUAUGAAGAAGUUUGUGGAAAGGGAACGACAUGUAACGAAGCUGAGAAAUAAUGUGGAUGCUUUGGAUAUUGAGAUCAAGAGGUUGAAGGCUUGGCUAACUGUUGCGGAGGUAGAAUUUGUGGACGCGAAAACAGACAUGGGAGAGGCAGAAGAAAGCUUCGUUGCAAUAAAUAUGGAUAGUGAGCUCGGUUAUGGCGGAUGGCAUUAGCUGUCCUUGCAGAAUUCUCUCU